UAUAUGUGUUAGAGUAGGCAGGGGAGAAAGAGAGAGGGAGGCAAGAGGGGGAUGAACGGGUUGUUAAGAAAUAAAGGUGUAGCCUAAUCUACGGAGACAAUCAAACGAGGGGGUUAGUUCUAUAAAUGAUUUUCACAGGGCUUUGCUGUGCAAGCAGAGAAUCAUCCACUGUUUCUGACGCGUAAGGCUGCCGUUGGGCAUCACCGCCGAUAAAGGAUGAUAUGUUUUAUUAUAUAGCGUAAAUUAAUAACAAAGUAUCCUUACAAUCCACAAGAAAGAGGAAGAGGUAAACUAUGAUCCGAGGAUGAUUUCUGCAAAGAAAACUCCGGAGAAGAGUCGUUAUCCUAUCCACUAUUUGGUGUGGCACAACAAACACCGACAGCUGGAGAAAGAGCUGGCAACGAACGAGCAGACUGAUUUAGAGUCUCUGGACCCUCGCGGUCGGACUCCUCUCCACCUGGCCGUCACGCUGGGCCACCUGGACUGUGCCAGGUUCCUGCUGCAGCACGGAGCUGACGUUAGCAAGGAGAACCGCAACGGAUGGACCGUUCUUCAGGAGGCGGUGAGCACAAGAGAUCCGGAGUUGGUGCGUCUCGUGCUUCGUUACCGUGACUACCAAAGGACUGCCAAGAGACUGGCGGGCAUCCCCGUCCUGCUGGAGCAACUGCGUCAAGCCCAGGACUUCUACGUGGAGAUGAAAUGGGAGUUUACCAGCUGGGUGCCUCUGGUGUCUCGUAUCUGCCCCAGCGACACCUACAGAGUUUGGAAGAGUGGUCAUUGUCUCCGUGUUGACACAACUCUGAUGGGUUUCGAACAGAUGACCUGGCAGAGAGGAAACCGGAGCUUCAUUUUCAGAGGACAAGACUCCAGCGCAGAGGUGAUGGAGGUCGACCAUGACAGGCAACUGGUAUUCUGUGAGACUUUGUGCGUCUCGUCUCUUGCGUCGCUCUCACCCGGCCGUGGAAAUGUCGCCGCCUCCAGCAGCAACGGAGCCGGCUUGGGCCUUCUCGGGGCGAUGCAGCCCAGCGAUGAGCAGGUAGCAGCCAGGCUGUCUGCCCCUGUGGUGACCACUCAGCUGGACACCCGCAACAUCGCCUUUGAGAGGAACAAGACGGGUAUCCUGGGUUGGAGGAGCGAGAAGACUGAGACGGUGAAUGGAUAUGAAGCCAAGGUGUACGCAGCGUCCAAUGUGGAGCUGAUCACCAGGACCAGAACUGACCAUCUGUCAGACCAGAACAAGAACAAGACAAAAGGUGGGAAGACUCCACUGCAGAACUUCCUUGGGAUUGCUGAGCAACACAUGGGGCCUAACAACGGGGCCUUGGUGACCCAGAUGUCGAGUCCUGCAAAGACCAACCCCGAAGCGCUGACGGCCGAGGAAUACUUCAACCCCAACUCUUCACUGACUCAGAGGGACAUCGGCCACCCGUGCCAGCUCACCACCAAGACCCAAAGGUUUAAAGCCAAGUUGUGGUUGUGUGAGUCCCAUCCUCUGUCCCUGGCAGAACAAGUGGUGCCUAUCAUCGAUCUCAUGGCGAUCUCGAACGCCCUGUUUGCUAAGCUGCGUGACUUCAUCACUCUGCGUUUGCCGCCUGGCUUCCCUGUUAAGAUCGAGAUCCCCCUCUACCACAUUCUGAACGCCAGGAUCACAUUCAGCAACCUGAACGGCUGCGAGGAGGGGACGGGCGGCCGUGUGGACAACGAAGUGGGGGUGGAAGGGGAUGGACAGAGGGACACCCCGAGGAUAGACACCCCGUCUCCAGGCAGUGACUCCUCCAGCGUCUCCAGCUCCAGCUCCACCAUGUCAUGUCGAGCCGGAGAGAUUCCCUCAUGUGUGUUUGAGCCCCCGCCUGGAUACUCCAUGCUAGGGGGUAAACAGAGAGACAGCAUGAGGGAUGAGGAGGAGGACCUGCUGCAGUUCGCCAUACAGCAGAGUCUGCUGGAGGCUGGCUCCGAAUACGAUCAGGUGACCAUCUGGGAGGCGCUGACCAAUAGCAAGCCAGGAUCACACACCCUGUCCUGUGACCCAAGUCGUCUGGAGAGGACCCCCCAGCACAAGCCCCGCGCCCCCUCCAGCCACUGCUCCACCCCCUCCAAGAAGCAGCCAACCACCUGCAGCUACAAUGAGCAGCUGCGUAUCGCCAUGGAGAUCUCAGCUCGGGAGCAAGAAGAGGCGGAGAUUCGGCGGCGGCGCGAAGAGGCGGAGCUGCAGCACAUCAUUCAGCUGUCACUCAUGGAGAAAUGAGAGCUGAGUGGCCCAGCAGGGGUCUGAGGGGAGGGGUCUGGACCAAGAACACAUGGUAGAGAAAGGACAGGCUUCUUAAAAACAUAAAGAGAUCAUGCACCUUGUAUGUGGAUGUACCAUCAGUGUUGAAGGUGAAUGUAGUCAAUUAGCAAUGAAUUCCCCAGUGUGCGCUUUAUUGACCGAGAGAGCUGAGUUGCCUACAUAUACCAGGAUGCAUUGCGUCUGAGGCCCAGGGUCCCCGCCGGCUAUACUCAUACUCUUGCACAGCUAAUGCAGCCGCAGCCUCUCUCCGCUGCCCUUCUUCGGCCGUAAACUCUGGCUCGAAUAAAUACUGGUGAAUAUCAGAAUCAGCCAAAGCCCUUCCAAAGCACAUCCUCUGCACUCGUGUUUUGGGAUGCCAUAUUCCCUGCCAGAAACGUAGCUAGUUUACAAAACAAGCGAAGAGCACAAGGAAGUUCUGUUUUUGAGCGACACAGAGAAAUACAAACUGAAGUAGCCUGUAGUUCUUCCUCGCAUCCAACUACGUCACUGUGAAAUGAUGACGCUGGAUGCAGGAAGUCCACAGAUUUUGCAGCUUUCUUGGCCGUAUAGCAUGCACUGAAGAAUGUAUUGUUCCAAUCGCCUACGUUAACCAUCAACACUGAUUGGACAUCCGCAUAAAAGGUGGCUAAAAAUAAACGCCAAAAUCAUCUUUGUGGUUUCAUAUGAUCAAAUGGCCUCUUCCUUUUCCUCCCAUCCCCUUCGCCAGACAUUUCCCACGAAGCCAUACGGUGAUGCAGCUGUCCGGCCUCAGACAGCCAGAGUAGGACGUCAGUUUCCUCUUUCUGGUGCCACAUGGUACUUUUUUUGACCAGUGCCAGUUUACAACCAACAACACAUCCAAUACAACAAGUUCAGUGGAAUGCCUUUUUGGAUGAGUGACUUCUGUCUGUUUGCAGGGAUGCGUGCAUCUGUGUGUGUGUGUGUGUGUGUGUGUGUGUGUGUGUGUGUGUGUGUGUGUUUCCAAACCAGCUCUCUGCACAGGGGUCAGCAGAUCACCUUCUUACCUGAAAACGUAUCGUGUUAGGCCAACGCUCAGCUCCAGCACUAACACACACGCUCACUGAGUCCUCUUGCCACUGAGUUGUGUGCUUACGAACCAGAACCAGUGGUGGCUUCCUCAGUUUUUAAUGAAAACAUUUAAAAAACAAACUGCUACAUGUUUCUUUUUGUAGUUUAUUUCACACAAUGUACUGUAUUUAGCUUGUGGGCGGAUCACAUAUAUGACUGUUAAUGGAUGUAGAUGACGAGUUUGAGCACAAACUAAACCUAGGCCAGUUCUAGCUUUAGCCUGACGUUAGACAGCAGGAGCACAGAUACGAUGAGACUACCAGAUGAACACUUGGUGUACUAACUAACCUGUUUGUAAAUGUGAAUGAGUUUGUCGCUGGCCGGUGUGUAGUCCAAAACAAAUAAAGGGACACGAUAGUGGUUUGUAAGUGGAUUGUGGAAUAUAAAUGUUACAGAAAGAGUUCUUCUGUAUAUUUGCAUCCUCUCACCUUACAUGGGCGGAUCAUUUCUGUAUUUCUGUGUCGUCACGGUACAGUGUGUGUGUACAAUAUUUCAGCAUGGUCUGCACCCGUAUGAGGUUCAUUUUGUCCGACUUGAGUCUAGCCUGGAGACCUGCAAUAUCUGAGCACGCGCUCGGAGGGAAACCGCUCCCCGCAAGAAUCACUGGAGAGGCUAUUGACAAGCAAUUUUAGGUUUUAUUGCACCAUAAUAGCAAGCUAGUUCCACAACACAACAUGCUGAAGACAAAAGCAAUUGUAAAAUCACCCUAAAUACAACAAAUGUGGAUCGUUCAAUAUUGCUCUCAUAUUUGUAAGUAACUUCAUAUUGCAGGGUUCAAGGCUAGCCAAACACUGAAGAACACGUGUCGUUGCAAGAGACGAGGACAGAGCAACAGCUUGUUUUUUGGUUUUGUUUUUAUCAUCUCUUUGAAAUAAAUGUAAAACUUUCACACUCCUAUAUCCGCACAACCUGAGGAGAAUCACCUCUGCCUCCUCUCGCUCCACUUCCCAUUCAGCUUGCCUGGUUGAUAAGACAAAUGUUAAUUUUUUUACUUUUUAAAAAAUGUUGCAGAAAAGCGAUGCAGCAAGAUGUUUUCAUGAUGUAUGCUAGGAAGUGAGUUCAGAUAAUGAUUCAAAUAAUAAAAAAAAAAAACAUCUUUUGGAACAGCA